AUGGCGACAGAUAUUGAAAAACGUGUGUAUCUGAUCUUUCAUUUGAUUCGUUUGGUUUUAAAUUUGAGUAUUUUCGUUGGCGCUUUGUUAUUUCUAUUGGGUGGAUGUUUUCAUGAUCAACUUCGAUCAUCUAAACGACAAUGGCUUCUGUUCAAUAUAUGCUUAGCUAUGAUAAUUUUUGCAAUUAUCAAUUCAGUUUUUGCUAUGUUACCAUUAGCACCAACAUAUCAAACAAUUUUGGCUGUACGAGUGUGUACAUUAGAACAUUUUCUUGAAGAUAUUGCACAAGGACAAGUAGCUUAUUCUUUUGUCAUAUUUUGUAUGCAUCAAAUAGGACCACAAGAAUGGAGAAAGAAAAGUUUACUUUGGUUUGGAAUUUGCGUUGGUAUUCAAUGGUUAUGCAGUUAUUUGCUUCCAUUACCUCAAAUAUUAAUGUCAAAUUUCUACAUUUGUUUGGGAAUUGUUCCAAAUCGAUUUUUUGUCGUUUAUAGUAUAGCAUUUCUUCUUGCAUUACCUGUAUUUCUUCAUUUAAUGAUUUUUAUCAUAAUGAAUAUAUUCAAAAUAAGUGAAACAACAAAUAAUCAAAUAUAUCCUGCUGAACAAAGAAAUUCUAUUGAAAUAGAUUAUCAAUUAUUAAUGAAAUAUAUUUUAAUAAUGGCUUUAUUAUUUAAUAUAAUUGGUUAUGGACCCAUAAGCAUAUUAGCCGUAAUUGAUUAUCAAUUAGAACAGAGCAUUGCUAUUUAUGCAGCAUUGGAAAUUCUUCCUUCGGUUUGUCUUUUGAUUGACAUUGAACCUGUUUUUGGCAAAUCAUAUGAAUUUGAUGUUCAAUUACCUUUUCAAUCCUUAAUACGUAUACAAAUAUGGGACUGGGAUAUGACAAGUCCCAAUGAUAUGAUUGCUGAAACGAAAAUUGAUAUUGAAAAUCGUCGGUUUUCAUGUCAUAGAGCAACUUGUGGUUUACCAAAAAGAUAUGACAGUGCGGGUUAUAAUACUUGGCGUGAUACAAAAAAGCCAUCAGUAAUUUUAACUGAACUAUGUCGAGCAACAAAUAUUAAUGAACCCGAUUAUACGCUAGAUUUUUGUUCAGUAAAAGUUGGCAAUGAAAGCUUCCAAUGUGAUCCUGAUUGUGUUGAAUUUUUAAGGAGUGCAAGAUCAUCUGUGGUUACAGGGCAUCGAAAAGUUCAUCAUGAAUUACCCGAAGAAUAUAUACGACAAAAUACAGCAUUAGCUGCUCUACAUGGAUGGGGAAGAAAAAUUAAUACGAAACAUGCUUUGGUUGCUGAACAUAUUGAAUCUCGAUCACUUUUUAAUCCAAAGUUCCCUGAAAUUGAACAAGGAAAAUUAGAAAUGUGGUUAGAUUUUUUUCCAAUGUCACGACCACCUUCAAGUGCUAUGAUUGAUAUAACACCACCUAAACCCACCGCUUAUCAAUUACGUGUAACCAUCUGGAAUACAAGUGAAGUAGAAUUAAAUGAUUCAAAUUUGUUUACGGGAGAGAGAACUUCAGAUAUUUAUGUUAAAGCAUGGGUUGUAGGAGAAAGAAUUGACGCACAACAAACAGAUAUUCAUUACCGAUCAUUGACUGGCGAGGGAAAUUUUAAUUGGCGAUUCAUAUUCGAUUUUGACUAUUUAGAUAUAGAAGAAAAAAUUGUUUUUGAAGCAAAAGAUUCCUUAUUUCAAGUUGGUAAUACAACAAAAAAGAUCCCACCAAGAAUUAUUAUUCGUGUUUAUGAUGCAGAUUUGUUUUCAGCUGAUGAUUUUCUUGGUGAAUGUAUGCUUAAUCUGAUACAUGUACCACUCGGUGCUAAAACAUUAAAAAAAUGUACAGCUGGUAUUCUACUUGAUCCAAAACAUAAAGGAACUGAUUUAUUUCUUAAUAAACGUCUUGCAGGUUGGUGGCCAAUGAUUGCUCCAUUGAAAUUAGGUGAAAUUCGUGAUAAAGCUUUAGUAGGAGGAAAACUUGAAGCUGAAUUUUCACUUGUUACUGCUGAAGAAGCAGAAAAAAAUCCAGUUGGAAAAGCACGUGAAGCACCACAACCACUUGCAGAACCAAAUCGUCCAAAAACAUCAUUUCUUUGGUUUACAGCACCGUGGAAAACAUUACGUUUUGUUAUAUGGCGUAAUUUCAAAUGGACAAUUAUAACUGGAAUCUUUAUUUUUAUUGGUGUUAUUUUUGUUUUACUUGCUGUUUGGAGUAUACCCGGUGAAUUAAUUAGACAACUAGGAACUAAAAUCUUUAACAACAAAUAA